CGCCGCCCGGCCGGGGAGGAGCAGCCGAGCCUCCGCGGUGCAGCCGCGGCCUCUCCUCCCUGCCCCGGCAGCCGGGCAGGGGCUCCCGGACCCGCACCCCGGGUAAGGCAGGGGCUGAGCCUUGCCCGGCUGCACUGGGGCUGCCCACGCUGCGGGGGCAGGAGCUGGGCACCCCCUUCUAGCCGGGGGCGCAGCCCCACGCCUGCCUCUGCCAGCCGUGCCGGGGGGGACCUGCUCCAUCACUUGUGGCAGGUCCCCCUCUGCCACCCCGGUGCCCGGCGCUGAUGCUCGGAGGCAACCCGGGCUCCCGCGGUACCCAAGGCGGCGGCGGUGGCGGUGGCGGCUGCAGCGUGGCAUGGAGGAGGUGGCAAGCGGAGGCUGAGCGGGGGCCCUCGGUGGCAGAGGAGGCGAGGUGGGGGGUACCCGGCUCUGCCUCGCCCUCCACCCAAACCCUGCCUUGAACUUCCAGGCCUCGGCCCCGAACGCCAGCCUUCCCCGGAGCCCGGGAGCCUCACGCCCGGCUUGAUGGGGAGCAGCCAGGGGUGAAAGACCGACGGCGCAUUCGCCCCCCGGCUCCAGAUGCAGACAGGCCCUCGUCCCUUCCCGGAGGAGACGCGGCAGAGCAGCCCCGGGGUGCGGGGGGCUUGCGGCGUGCGGGUGGCCGUCGAAUCCUUCCUCGCCGGGCGAUUCGGGCGCCGGGGAACGCCGCGCAGGUGGGGACCGCUCGUCUGGAGGAAAUCGGGGAGAGGAAGAGGGCGGGGGAGUCGCCCCGAACUGCAGGAAGGGGCCCGCGAGCUGUCCAGCCGCGCAGCUGGAUCCUCCAGAUCGUCCCCGAACGCCGGCAGGGAGCUGAGCUCGUGAUCCCGCCUGGACCCUGGCCAGAUCCCUCCUUUUGGGCUCGCUUGUCUUGACGUUGUGUUUUGAGCAGGGCAGAGGGGGGGACGCCGCGGGAAGCAGAGGACGCGCCCGUUCUGCUACCGCCACGGUCCCGCUGGCGGGCUGAGCCGGGGCAGACGGAUGCCGUGGCCAGCGCCCGCUCGCCUGAAGGCUGCCGGGAGGUAGAUGGGCGCCGGAGCCUCGUUGCCGUAACCGGCGGCCGUGCCAGUUCUCCGUGGGUUGGCUGGGACGAGCGGCCAGGAUGCCCAGGAACAGGGCCUUCUCCGAGCCCGAGUACUCGGCAGAGUACUCGGCGGACUACUCGGUCAGCCUGCCCUCCGACCCCGAGCACGGGGUGGGCCGGACCCACGAGGUGACGGUGAGGAGCUCGGGCUCGUGCCUGUGCCUGCCGCGCUUCAUGCGCCUCACCUUCGCCCCCGAGUCCCUGGAGAACCUCUACCAGACCUACUUCCGCCGGCAGCGCCACGAGACCCUCCUGGUGCUGGUGGUCUUCGCGGCCCUCUUCGACUGCUACGUCAUCGUCAUGUGCGCCGUGGUCUACUCCCCGGACAAGCUGGCCCCCACGCUCGUGGCCUCGGUGGGCCUGGCUCUGCAGGUCUUGCUCUUCGUCCUCUGCAGGUACCGGCUCUUGCCGGACCGCGUCUCCCGCAAGUUCAUGCCCUACGUCCUCUGGCUCCUCAUCGUGGCCCAGAUCUUCUGCUACCUGGGCCUCAACUUCGCCCGCUUCCACGAGGCCAGCGACACGGUGGGCUGGCAGGCCUUCUUCGUCUUCUCCUUCUUCAUCACCUUGCCCCUCAGCCUCACGCCCAUCGUCCUCAUCAGCGCCGUGGCCUGCGGCAUCCACACCCUGGUGCUCGGGGUCACCAUCGCCCAGCAGCUGCAGGACUCCCUCAACGGAGGGGCCUUGCUCCGGCAGAUCCUGUCCAAUGUCGCCAUCUACCUGUGCACCAUCACCGUGGGCAUCAUGUCCUACUACAUGGCCGACCGCAAGCACCGCAAAGCCUUUCUGGAAGCACGGCAGUCCUUGGAGGUCAAGCUGAACCUGGAGGAGCAGAGCCAGCAGCAGGAACGGUUGAUGCUUUCCAUCCUGCCCAAGCACGUUGCGGACGAGAUGCUAAAGGACAUGAAGAAGGACGCGAGCCAGAAGGAGAUGCAGCAGUUCAACACCAUGUACAUGUACCGCCAUGAGAACGUCAGCAUCCUGUUCGCUGACAUCGUCGGCUUCACCCAGCUGUCCUCGUCCUGCAGCGCCCAGGAGCUGGUGAAGCUGCUGAACGAGCUCUUUGCCCGCUUUGACAAGCUGGCCGCGAAAUACCACCAGCUGCGCAUCAAGAUCCUGGGAGACUGCUACUACUGCAUCUGCGGGCUGCCCGACUACCGGGAAGACCACGCCGUCUGCUCCAUCCUGAUGGGACUGGCCAUGGUGGAAGCCAUCUCCUACGUACGAGAGAAGACCAAAACCAACGUGGACAUGCGUGUGGGGGUCCACACCGGCACGGUGCUGGGCGGGGUGCUGGGCCAGAAGCGCUGGCAGUACGACGUGUGGUCGACAGACGUAACGGUGGCAAACAAGAUGGAGGCUGGCGGCAUCCCUGGGCGAGUGCACAUCUCCCAGAAUACCAUGGACUGCUUGAAGGGCGAGUUCGAAGUGGAGCCGGGAGACGGCGGGUCGAGGUGUGACUACCUGAAGGAGAAGGGGAUUGUCACGUACCUGGUCUUGGUGCCCAAGCAGCCCCUCAAGAACGGGAUCAAUGGCGUGAAGCUGUCCCUGACGUCGUCGCAUGGGAACUCGCCGCUGCUGAUCAACACCAAGGAGUGCAACGGCAGCAUCAACACCACGUGCACCACGCCUGACGAGGGCGAGGAGAUAGAUGCCCGCGGGAACGGGGCGGAGGAAGAGGGCGAGGUGGUGAACCCAUCCUUCCCCAACCCGCGGCGGCGACUGCGGCUGCGCGACCUGGCCGAGAGGGUCAUCGACGCCUCGGAGAACGAGCAGGAGCUCAACAAGCUGCUUAACGAGGCUCUGCUGGAGAGGGAGUCCGUCCAGGCGUUGAAGGGGAAGAACACGUACCGCCUGUCCAUGCGUUUCAUCGACCCCGAGAUGGAGACACGCUACUCCGUGGAGAAGGAGAAGCAGAGCGGGGCCGCCUUCAGCUGCUCCUGUGUCGUCCUCUUCUUCACUGCCCUGGUGGAGAUCCUCAUCGACCCCUGGCUGGUGGCCAAUUACGUGACAUUCGUUAUCGGGGAGAUCUUGCUGCUGAUCCUGACCAUCUGCUCUCUGGCUGCCAUCUUCCCCAGGGUGUUCCCCAAAAAGCUCGUGGCCUUUUCCACGUGGAUCGACAGGACCCGCUGGGCCCGGAACACGUGGGCCAUGUCCGCCAUCUUCAUCCUCACCAUGGCCGACAUUGUGGAUAUGCUCAGCUGCUUGCAGUACUACACUGGUCCCAGCAAUGUCACGGUGACGACCCUGCUGGCGGGCGGCUGCGUGGAGAACCCCAAGUACUACACCUACAUCGCCGUGCUGGCCCUCAUCGCCACCAUCAUGCUGGUGCAGGUCAGCCACAUGGUCAAGCUGACCCUGAUGGUCAUGAUCACCGGCGCUGUGGGCGUUGUCAACAUCUAUGCCUGGGCACAGAUCUUCGACGAGUAUGACCAGCACCGCUUCAAGGACUAUGUGUCCUCACAGCUUCCCUCCAAGUACUCCAUGACAGUGAUGGUCUUCAUCAUGAUGCUCAGCUUUUACUAUUUCUCUCGCCAUGUGGAGAAGCUGGCCAGGACCCUGUUCCUGUGGAAGAUCGACGUGCACGACCAGAAGGAGCGGGUGUACGAGAUGCGGCGCUGGAACGAGGCGCUGGUCACCAACAUGCUGCCGGACCAUGUGGCCAGGCACUUCCUGGGCUCCAAGAAGCGGGAUGAGGAGCUGUACAGCCAGUCCUACGACGAGAUCGGCGUCAUGUUCGCCUCCCUGCCCAACUUCGCUGACUUCUACACGGAGGAGAGCAUCAACAACGGCGGCAUCGAGUGCCUGCGCUUCCUCAACGAGAUCAUCUCCGACUUCGACGCGCUCCUGGAUGAGCCCCAGUUCCGAUGCAUCACCAAGAUCAAAACCAUCGGCAGCACCUACAUGGCGGCCUCCGGAGUGACCCCUGAUGCCAACAGCAAUGGCUACAACACCACCAAGAAGGAGAACCUGUCAGACAAGGAGCGCUGGCAGCACCUUGCCGACCUGGCGGACUUUGCCUUGGCCAUGAAAGUGACCCUGAUGAACAUCAACUACCAGUCUUUCAACAACUUCAUGCUCCGCAUAGGCAUGAACAAAGGGGCGGUGCUGGCAGGCGUGAUCGGCGCGCGCAAGCCCCACUAUGACAUCUGGGGCAACACAGUGAAUGUCGCCAGCAGGAUGGAGUCAACGGGCGUCAUGGGAAACAUACAGGUGGUGGAGGAGACCCACGUCAUCCUCAAGGAGUACGGCUUCCGCUUCGUGCGCCGCGGCACCAUCUUCGUCAAGGGCAAGGGGGAGCUGCUGACCUUCUUCCUCAAGGGCCGCGAGAAGCAGGGCUCCUUCAUCAACGGCUCCUCCAUCACGCUGCCCCACCAGGUGGUCGACAGCUCCUGAGGGGGCCGGCCCCCGGGCACCCGCCCACCGACAAUGCCCAGUGCCUGCCUGACGCCAAAGGCGGCCGGUUCGGAGCGCCUUGCGCUCUGGGGGACCUGGCCGAGGGUAACCCCCUUCCACACCUACCGUUUAGAGUCCCAAGAUACCCAACCCCUUGCGUGACCCUUGUUUCCUGGAGGUUUUCUUGAAGAGGGGGGGUCUGCUUGACUCGUGCUUCGCCUCUGUUGCGGAGCCCAGCGGAGACCAUGGGUGAAAAAGGGCUUGAUGGCAUCCUCCAGGAGCUCACUGCAUGCCCCUCGCUGCCGCGGGCAUGGACAUUUGGGCAUGAGAUUUCAGCAGGAGCUCUCACCCAGGGCACCCAGGUAGUCUAGUGUAAAGAAGGAAGUCGGGGGCACAGAUGCCCACGUCGUGCCACAGCCCCGACCUGCACAUAGCGCUCAGGACAGGUGGUGAGAGCCAACAGCUUGCCUGUGCAGGGAGAGGGAAGGCAACCCAGGGAGGUUGGGGUGGCCAUCUAGUUUACAAAACCCCACUCAUCCUUGUCCCAAGCCACCGUAGUUAGGAGCCCAGCGGGAGUGCAAUAUGUCCUUUCACUUGCAGAAGGGAACGAGACACCCCUGGUGUGCGUUUCAGAUCUAUACGGAUAUAUAUAUAUAUAUAUGGCCAGAGACAGAGUGACAUUUAUAUUUUUAAAGGUGUGGUCCGGCCGCGAGUAGGCUCUCUCUUUCCGAUAUUGCCUUGCACUCUCUGCUGCUGUCACCUUUGCUGCUGCUUUCAGGAAGAGUUUAACAGGUAUUGGCAAAGAACAAGACUGUUUUAUUAAAGCCUUCAGCCACUAUUCUGUUUGGAAACGAAACAAAACGAAAAAACAAAACAAACCAGUGUAAUUAUUCCUCUAGUUUCUGGAAUAGAACCGGGUGAAUUUUAAA